AUGACCUCUUUCAGGGUCAACCUGCGAACUCAGAAGCGCCUCGCGGCCUCCGUUGUCGGCUGCGGAAAGCGCAAGAUCUGGCUCGACCCUAACGAGCAGAGCGAAAUCUCCAACGCCAACUCCCGCCAGACCAUUCGCAAGCUUGUCGCCGAUGGCCUCAUCAUCCGAAAGCCCGUGACGAUGCACUCGCGUUCGCGCGCCCGCGAGCUCAACCUUGCCCGCAGAGUCGGCCGCCACCGUGGUUACGGUAAGCGCAAAGGUACUGCUGACGCGCGUAUGCCGUCGCAGGUCCUUUGGAUGCGCCGCCUCCGCGUCCUCCGCCGCCUUCUCGUCAAGUACCGCGCCAGCGGCAAGAUCGACAAGCACCUGUACCACGAGCUCUAUCAUCUGAGCAAGGGUAACACCUUCAAGCACAAGCGCGCCCUUGUUGAGCACAUUCACCGCGCCAAGGCCGAGAAGCAGCGCGAGAAGGCUCUCAAGGACGAAAUGGAUGCCAAGCGUGCGAAGACCAAGGCUGCCAGAGAGCGCAAGCAGGAGAGAGCCGCUGCCAAGCGAACUGCUAUGCUUGCCGACGAGGAGUAG